CGUAUCCAUGACAGCCGUAGUAUUGUUGUUGUUGGUGGUGCUAACAUUAGCAAAGCAAACCUUCUGAGGUGGCGAUAGCUAACGUUGUUUAAAGAUGUAAACCUAAUUCAUUGGCAACUACUGGCCACACAAGAUGCUUAUUUAGUGUAGCAAGGUUAACGCUAAUCUAAAAGGAAAUGUAUUUUGAGGAAUUAUUCAAUGCUGUUCGUGCCUUGUUGGUGUUUUAUCUGUCCGUCCAUGUAACAUUAGCUAGCUUAUUUUUAGACGUAGCCUCCUCCUAACAUUAACAGUUAGAAACAACGUUAGCAUCUGUAGCCAAGUCCCCGUUCAGCUUCCUUGCACUAAGGGUGUUUAUCUGCGGACUAGAGGAAAUGUCAGACCUCCCUCUAACAUUAGACUGUUCCCAGCGAGUCCAGGACGUGGAGGCAAGAAUGAGAGACGAGGGCUUGAGCCUUUAAAUCGGAGACAAAGGGAGAAUGAUUUCACGAUACAGCAGAAGACCUGUAUCACACAAACUCGAGAUUCGUGGGUUGUCCCGAAGCAGCCUCGACCACCACCCUCUCCCAGAGGGAGCAGGCGAUAACCAAACACCUCAGCGCUACCUCCAUGACCUCCAGGAAGCUGUGUCCGCUCACAACAGCUCAGGGACGUCUGCUGCCUCAGGCCACUCUGACUGUCCCACCGUCAUCUCAGUAGACUCCAACCAGUCCUGGUCAGGUAUCCACAGCUCCACGGGUACUGGCAUUUCUACAGAGAGGAGCUCUGUUUUCUCCUGGGGCUAUGAUGAGUUCGACAAGGCAGCGUCCCGGCAGGUACAGCAAAUGUUUGAGGAGAUCGACAAGGAGCUGUACGAGGGGAGAGGCAGCGGAGGAGGGAUACUCCAGGGGCUCCAGGAUGAAUGUCAACAGUGGGCCACUCGUUUCCCACAUCUUCGGAUCCUGGGGAUGCAGCUGGUGUGUCCCAGUGACGAGGGCUUCCAGUGGUAUGCUACUUCAGGGAGAGGCAGCUCUGCCAGCAGCCAAUCAGCAGGCAAAGAGAGCAGCAUGAAGUCCCAGGAGAAAGAUAGGGGCGACACAGAGUUGAACGUGCAGGGCAGGAGAGCGGCGCUGAUCAAGUCCUCCUCAGCAGAGUUGGAUGGGCCUCCUGGCUCCUCCGGUAGCUCCAGCGGUCAUGACAUGCCGAGAGUGAUUGAAGUGGAGGGUCUGAUGGAGGAGUACCUGGCUUUUGAUAGCAGGGACUUGGAAGAUGAGUGGGAGCAGGAUUGUCCGAACUCGGGUCGGAAGCAUCACUGUCUGCCCCCUGUCUCGCCACAUCAGUGUCGCCGUCAAGCUGUUCUCGACCUGCUGUUUGAUGAUGUGUGGUGGCAGCUGGUUGGAUGGAUGAAAGAGCUAGUUCAACGCCACUGGGAAUGCUGCACCUCAAAUGAUGAAAAGAUUUCAGGGAACUUGAGCCCUGAGCAGCAAGACUCCCAGAAUCCCUUCAUGCUGCUCUCCAUGCUGCCCACGAUGCUGCCCAAACUUGGCCAGAGCAGGGUGCCCCCGCUCACAGCUGGCCUGCAGUUCCAGGCCGGAAGGGUCCCGGUAGGAGCAGCAGCGACCCAGCACAACCUGAACGACCUCAUCGUGAUCCACAGCAUCCCCCUGCAGCAGAGGAACCUGGGUGUGCUGGAUAGAAACCACGAGCAAGAAGAGCGCGCGUGUCACAGGCCGGGAUCCAGCGCGGCCCCCUCCAGCAAACCACGGCCUCGCCGAACCCUGGAGCAGAGCUCCUCCUCGCUGUCCCGCCCGGCACAGUCUGCCCGACGCCGAAACCCUCCUCCCCGAACUCUCCUGCCACUGGUUCCCAGCCUGAGUCAGUCCAGCGCAGUGGGAUCCAUGGACGAGGUCAUCCGUGGGACACGUCUACCCACAGCCAGCGACCGCCUAACAUCUCCGCUGUUGCCUCUGAGCAGGAACACACUCCUUCCCCCCAUCAGCACCGGAGACCCAGAUGCAUCUCACUCAGGGCAGCAGUCCAAACCUGCACAGCGUCACAAAGGCCCGUCCAGCCGCGCCCACAGUGCUAUAAACGACGAAGCUGGCGGUUCAAUACCAAGGGAUCGUCACCACCUGCUGGACAUCUUCUCUCGCCCCAACACCACUCACACAUACAGGUCGGACACACCGUACCGUCGUUCCUUCACAGUAUUGGACAACAUCGGGCAGGGGCGGCCAGGCAGAGCCUCUGUGGGCACAGACUCUCUUGGAAUCGGUGUGACCGGCAUCAGUAUUGGCAUCAGCAGCACAUCUUUCUUGGACUCGUUUUCCCACCACCCCUUGGGGCACUCGCCCAUCAAAGACGAAGAAGAACCGGACCCACAAGCCCCUGUCCCAGGUCCACUGGUACCUGUGUCUGUCCCACCUCGGUCUUACACCCGGGGAGGCAUCUCAUCCAGAGCCAGCAGACCUGGCUUGUAGUUUGCCUCUGAUCUCCAGACCCCUCAGCCAUUCACCUUUAUACAACAAAGUGCAACACUGCAGCAUCUGUGCCCACAAAAGUUUUGUUUUUAUUUUUUUUUAAAGAAGUAGCAGAUUUUUUCACAUUAUUAUGCUGCUUUGGUGAAGUUUUUGUUAUAGGCAUAUUUUUGUAUUUCAGAAAUCAGCUUAUGUGGCUGCCAAACAGUAACACCAUCUUCAUGUAUAGUGUAUGAGCUUUAUGCGUGGACAUUUCUACUAUGUAUGUAUGAUCUGAUUUUUUUUUAAUAUAAUAUAUAUAUAUAUACACUUUAUUUAUGUGAAUGUACUGUAUAUUAUCCUCUGUGGUGUGUUGUACUGGUAAAUGACUAUGCAGGGAAUAACACAUCCACCCUGACAAGGAUAGAGGAUACAAAGCACUUUUCCCCCUCUUUGAUGCUACAUCAGAGAGUUUGGUACUGUAUCUUUUAUAAGGACACCGCCCUGUGUAGAAAUAAUAAAUUGACCCAGAGCCUCU